AUGAAAUAUGCUCGAAGAAGCGUGAGUGAUGCUGACAUUAGGAAGUACCAGCUCUUUUCCCAGACGCUACAACAAUCUCGCGGAUUUGGAUCCGAGUUCCGGUUUGCAGAUCACGCUGAGAAUGCACCUGCUGCUGGAGCUUCAGACCCGUUUUCUUCUGCCACUGCAGCUGGGGACGACGAUGAUUUCGUCCCUUCAUACCUGGGAGUUAAUUUAGUAUAUGGAUCUGUAGUUUCCAGAGAAUUGACCCCUUUAUGGGUUCUUGGACCAGUAAUUGUUGCUCUCUACAUUAAGAUGGUCCGGUUCAUUUGUGGGCUCUAUUUAUUCAGUUUCCAGCAGACUGUUAAAAUAGUAAAGAAACUGCCUGUAUACUACCUCGUGCUUUAUUAUUAUAUUGUGCAUGGGAAGUUUAAAGAAGACAUGUGUGCGCUUAUAUGGCAACCCAUGGUGGACAUCAGAAACAUGGACUACAAUGAGGUUACGAGGCAAAAGGCGAAAGAUUUGGAAAUCUGGUUGGUGGAGAAAUAUCAGGACAAUGUGGAAUUGAUAUGGCCGUAUUACUGCAGAAUGAUCAGGUUUUUGAAGAGAGCAAAUCUAAUAUAG